AUGGAAAGUCAAGAGGUUGCCCCGGAGGUUGCCCAAGAAUUGCACGAGACGCGAAAUCUCUACCAUCUCCGUCUGCCGGAGCUCGAUGUACUAAUCGAUGCGACGCUGGAAGAGCUCAAUGCGGCUGAAGCGGAGCGACAGAAGCCUGGUCUCAGUGCCGACGAGCAGGAGAUUGCGAAGUGGAAAUGUGACAGACUCCGAGAGAAACACGAAGAGGUGAAGGAGGCUUACUCGACCGUCUGGGCCGCACAUGGCAGAAAGGCUUACUUCCAGCCUCUGCCCGAUCCAUGGUUUAUCAAGUUUCUGAACUAUUGCCUCAAUUCCGAGCCACCCAAGGAUAAGACAGUCUGA